UCUCUCCCCCCCGUGCCACCGCCGCCCCCUCCGCAGGCGAAUGUUCCCGGCUUUCAAGGUGCGCGUGUCGGGCCUGGACAAGAAGGCCAAGUACAUCCUGCUGCUGGACAUCGUGGCGGCCGACGAGUGCCGCUACAAGUUCCACAACUCCCGCUGGAUGGUGGCGGGCAAGGCCGACCCCGAGUUGCCGCGCCGUCUCUACAUCCACCCGGACUCGCCGGCGCCCGGCGAACACUGGAUGGGCAAGGCGGUGACCUUCCACAAGCUGAAGCUCACCAACAAUCUGUCGGACAAGCACGGAUACACGAUCCUCAACUCCAUGCACAAGUACCAGCCGCGGUUCCACGUGGUGCGCGCCAGCGAGCUGCUGCGGCUGCCCUACUCUACGUUUCGCACCUACGUGUUCCCCGAGACGCAGUUCCUGGCCGUCACCGCCUACCAGAACGACAAGAUCACGCAGCUCAAGAUCGACCACAACCCCUUCGCCAAAGGCUUCCGCGACACGGGCAAUGGACGUCGAGAGAAACGCAGGCAGCUGGCCCUGCAGUGUCUCCGCGCCUUCGAGCAGCAGGCGCGAGGAGCGUCGCGCCGCGGCCGCUCGUCGCCCGGCCGCGGCGACUUCGACGACGACGACGACGAAGACCACGACGACGACGAGGAGGAGGAGGAGGAGGAGAAAAAAGAGCGGCCCAGCCCCAACACAAGCCCCGAGCACAACACUCCGGCAGGGGGCUCGGUUGGGAGCGGGGAGCGGUCCAGCGGCGGCAGUGGCGGCGGCGCGGAUUCGGGGGGCUCCCCGGGGCCCCCCUCGAGCCCGGCAAAAGAGCGCCGCCCCCCCUCCUUCGUCGGUCGCCGCCAAAGCCGCAACUCCAGCGCCUCCACUCCCCCCGAGAGCUCGCCACACAAGCAGCAGCAGCAGCACCACUACCCUCACCUUCACCACCUGGGCAGCGCCUUCGGCAAGCUGGGAGUGGCGGGGGGCCUGCCCCCCACGCACCCUCUCCUGCUGCACUCGGGGCCCCUGGGGCCCUUCCUGGCCUCCGUGCCGGGGCUCGACGCCCGGACCCACGGGGGGGGUCCCUCGCCGGCCCUGCCGGGGGGGCCCUUCGGCCACCCUCUGCUCACGCCGCAGGGCCUAGCAGUUCCCGGCCUGAGCGGCCUCCUGCCGUACCCGUACCCUUACCUGCCGACGGCGUCGCUGCCCAGCCCGGCCUUCCUGAGCGCGGCGGCUCGGGGCAGCUGGCGGUACAACCCCUACUCCUUCCCGGGCCUUGGCAUUGGCUCCUUGCCCUCUCAGCUGCCCUCGAUCCUCCCGGCGGCGACGGCGGCAGCGGCGGCGGCCACAGCCGCGGUGGCAGUGUCGGCGGCAGGAGCCAGGCGGGACGUUAAGCCGGAAAAGCUGGAGACUCGCUCGCACGGGGAGGCGGAAGCAGCAGCGACGCUGGGGUCGGGGUCCCCGCAGGUGGACCGGUCGCCCAGCGAGCUGCGGCACAUGCAGCGCCUCGUGAGCGGCCUGGGCGAUGGCCCGCCGUGACGGAGCCUCCGCUAGGCCGCCGUGAACUCAACGGACCCCCACAUCUACGGGGCCCUCCUGCCGUUUUGCGGUCUCGUUCUCGGUUCGUCUCAGCCAUACCCCGUCGUUUUCUUUUCAGGCGUCGUCGUAACUGCACACCUGCCAUCUUUCGUCAACUGGUCGCCAUCUUGUGGAUCGAUGACUCCCGACUGCAAUCGUAUGGCCGCCAUUUUGUGAAUCUAGGCCACCAUCUUGUGGGAUCGCCCAUCUGGCAUUUUUUUUAGCACCAUCGUUAUGGUUUUCUGAGAUACAUAUACAGUAUACAUAUAUGUAUAUAUACAUUUUCCCGGGUGCCAUCUUGCGACUGCACUACCUCCCAGAGAGAGAGGGCCUGCCACGUUUCAGGAACCAAAGCACCACCGAGUUUGUCUGACGCCACAAGCGCGCACGCAACGAGCGAUCGCUGUUAAAUGUGCUCGACAGAUGAUGCGUCGGAGGCUUCCGACGAUGCAUGCUGAGCUGCGUUUUGGAAAGCCGGAAGAAACGGGAGAGAUUGAGAGCUCUACGCUGUCACCGUUGAUAGACAGUUACUGCCAAACUUAAAACAAAACAAAAAAACGACUUAAAUUAAAAUCAUAAGCCUUUGCGAUGAUCCAUCGGGGUGUUGAAAGCUUACGUCAGCGGGGUGCAUGAAACAUCGGACCGGCUCGCACAAAUGACGAUGGCUUUGCUACACCCGUCCAUGAACGUCAAGGGUUCAAACUCCAAGCUCAACUCCAAGCUCCGUGAAUAGAAUUUUCAUGAAAAUGAACAGCGGUCACUUCUUUUUGGAUAUAUCGGCGCCCAACUUAACGGAGCUCCGUCAAGCCAACGGGCGGUCCUCCCUUAUAAGGUGUCUCUAAAAAAUGAGGUUUGCUGGUUAAUAUUGCAGGAGACGAGGAACUAGCCACUGAAUAAAGUCGCCUCUCUGUGGCGUAGGAGCGGACAAGGAAACGCACUUAUUAUUCCGCGUUACCAAUCGCCGAGCGAACGCUCGCCCCGGCUGCAGCGGGCAGCCCCUUUGAAGCGAGCGGUGGAAAUUCUACGUUACCAUGGCGGGCUGCCCGGGUAUAUAACCAAUCGACGGAGUGAAGCUUUGUCGACUGGGAGUGAACUGACGGGACGGGGCGGACAGAAAAAAGGCGACCUGCACAAGCUAUUGUUUCAGAGAGAAAAACUAAAUAUAUAUUAAAAAGGUGUACAGACUUGCACAUGAGCCUGCUUGCCAAAGGACUUUGGUUUGAUUUUGUUCUAUUUUUUGUUGUUGCCUAUUUGUAUCGCGACGUCUCUCGUGCGGAGUGGACUGCAUGCGUUUCGUUUUUUUGUGUCGGUUUUUAUUUUUGUUUCCUCCCCGCGUGAGACUGCGCCGACGUGCCGGGGAGUCUCGCCGGGCGGCAGAUCCCACGACGCCUCCGAGGUUGUGGUUGGUGGAUGGCGAGCGACGAUGACGAUCACGGGCGGGUUGUUCUCCCCCUGUGCUCCAGUUUAUUUUUUUUCCCCCACAGAGUAGAAAUGUUCGCCGACUCACAAACGGGAGGUUCAUUUCCCACCGGGCGAAGCCCACUUGAGCCGAGAAGCUCUUUUCGUUCACGGGCGAUUCGGCCGGCAGACAACGUCAAAACAUUCCACAAUUACAACAACGACAA